AUGGAGCCUUUUCGGGCACAGGGCCUGCUCGCGCCAUAUGUUCGACUUUGGUGCGUGUCAAACGCACUUCGCAUCGCGUCUGGCACUUCCGCCGCCACGGCGCUUGGCGACGCGCUGGCUGGGCAGCCGACUGCGGUGCUGCUCGGGCUCCUAACGCUCCUCGGCCUGUUUCCCACCUCCCCGCCCCUCCUCGCGACCACGCUGCUCGCUCGCGCUGUGUCCAACUUAGCCAAGGGUGCAGCGCUGGGGAACUCGCAGACGUGGGGCACUCUCACUGACCUCAGCCUCCUCGGCGCGCUAUGUGAGACGCUGGCUCUCAGAGGACGCUGGCUGCCGCCGCUCUCUGCUGAGGAGGAGGCGGCCAUCGUCAGGUCCUGCGCACCCGCGGUCCGUGUGCAGCUCGCAACUGUUUACGCCGCUUCCGCCCUCUGGAAGCUGAAUUCGUCGUUUGCCGAGCCGCGCCGCUCCUGUGCAGCCGUGUUUGCAUUACAGAUGCUCGAGCACCUACCACCCGCCGUCACAGCGACGCCACUGCCCGCGCUGAUGGCCGCCGCUGCACCCGCCCUUGUGCUGCUCGUGGAGACCGCCAUCCCGGCGCUGCUGCUGGCUCCCUGCUGCUGGGCUGGCGUGUCGAGCGCGCUCAGCUUCCACCUCGCCAUCGCCGCCUGUCCGCCGCCGAACAACAUCGCGAGCUUUGGAGCCACAACCGGCAGCGGCCACGACUGGCAUCUCUGCUUCCUGGUCUGGCUGGCGGUGCCGCUCGCCGCCGCAGCGCUAGUCUCCGCGCGCUCGGCGCGCGCCUGCAGUGGUCAGCCGCCGGCGCCGGCCGACCCUCCUGCAGCAGUCAGCCGGGGAGGGCGGUGGUGGAGGCGGGCCCUGGUGGGCGGCACGGGCGCCUACGCCUUUCUGCUUCCGGCGCUGGGCCUGCAGGAGCGGGGCGGCUGCCUGAUGUUUUCGCAGCUGCGGCUGCACGGCGGAUCGAAUCACCUGCUCGGCGCUCCGACUGGGCUGCUGCAGCGCGUGCUGAUCGACGCGCCGCCGGAGAACGCCUUUGCCGGCGGCGUCGUCCGCGUGGAGAGCACGUCGCUCCACUGGGUGCACAACACUUUUGCAGAGCAUUUCGCCCCGCACCAGCUGGCGCUGCUCCGCGCCGGCGGCUUCGACGGCGGCUUCUUCCCAACCUCCAAGGCGACGAAGCGAGAGCUCGCGUCGCCCGAGGGGCCACUCCCGCGCGCGGUCCGCUUCACCCUGCACAACCUCGGGUUCCGCCGGCUGCUAGCCGACGCCGAGGCCCGCAAUGACACCUUCUCUCUCACCUACACGCGGCUCAGCGGGGCCGAGGGCGACGAAAGGUGGAGGCGGGCGGGCCGGGGUGAAAGACACACCUUGCGGGCGAGGCGCGGCCGGCUCCGCUGCCGCACCUGCGACGCGCGCGAAUUCGCUCUGCUCGCCCCGCCGCCCCAGCGCCACUGGUCGUCGCUUGCUGCCUUCUGUCUCGCCCCCCAGCCAAUCCCGAUUGUCGAGGGCGACGAGCUCGACGAGCUUCACUGCGUGAGCUUUGGGUGA